AACUAUAGUACUGGAUGUAUAAAUUUCGCAAUGCUACAUUCAACGGCACAAAUCCCAUAAGCGAGGAGUUGACACCAAUGCAAAAGAGUUUUUCGUGCGAUCUAACCUUGACUGCAUCCAUAUCUGGUACCACUUUUUUAAUACUCAAUGCCAUUUACGGUCAAAAAGUGUCAUUGCGUUUACGUAUGCUUGGCACUCUCUGUAUAAUACUGAUCAUAUUUAUAAUAACUACGGCAUUUGUGGAAGUCAAUACGGACAAAUGGCAGGAACAAUUCUUUUUAAUAACUUUGUUGUGUGUCGUCAUCAUAAAUAUAUCUUCCGCUACAAUGAGUGGUGGCUUAUUUGGCAUUGCUGGUCUAUUUCCAUCCGAAUAUAUGACGGCGGUCGUGAGCGGGCAGGCUCUUGGUGGCAUUUUCACAGCUUUAACUUUCCUCAUGGUGUUGACUUUUGGGGCUGCUCCAAAUGCAACGGCGUUUGUGUUUUUCUCCAUUGGCAUCGCCUUAAUAUUGAUCAACAUUAUCUGCUAUGCUGUAGUGGAAAGGAAAGACUUUUUCAAAUACUAUGUUGAAGGUGGAGACAAGUUUAAAAUUGUCUAUGAUGACCCGACUCAAAGCCGAAUGGUCGACCGGGGCGUAGCUCUUGAGCCAAAUGUGCGAGAAGUGUUGGGUAAAAUUUACGUUCAUGCUGUCACAAUUCUAUUACUUUAUGCCACCACACUAUCAGUAUAUCCUUCUGUUACAAUACUUAUGCAAUCGGAAAACUAUGGACAAGGACACGCUUGGAAUGAUAUUUACUAUAUGCCCGUAGUUAAUUACUUGUUUUUCAACUCGGGGGACUAUUUCGGACGAAUUAUAUCUGGAAUAUGGGAAUGGCCCCGGAAAAAUGUACAUACUGUUUUACUUCUGGUCAUCUUAAGAACAAUUUAUGUGCCAUUGUUUUUGUGCUCAAAUUCGACACAACACAUUUUCCUUCCGACCCUAAUUUCAUCAGAUCUGGCCUUCAUUUGUAUGAUGAUAACAUUCGCUUUAUCCAAUGGAUAUAUUACCAACAUUCUGUUGAAUAUGGUACCAAGGUGCGUUAUGCAGCAUGAAAAAGAAAUGGCUUCAUCCAUAAUGGCUGCAUCCUUAAGUUGUGGGUUGGCUAUGGGCUCCAUGAUAACCAUGAUUUUCGUGCAAAUGCUGUAAACUCUCGUUAAUGUUGCUUUU